UCAAACCAAACAACAUACAUAAUUACAUACAUGGCUUUAUUUCUUUGCUUCUUCAUCUUCCUUCUUGCUUCAUCUGCUUCUGCUUGCGAUCGCUGCCUGCACCAAUCCAAGGCUGCUUAUUUCUCCAAAGCUUCUGCUCUUUCAUCGGGGGCAUGUGGGUAUGGCUCUUUGGCACUGGGCUUAAGUGGUGGACACCUUGCAGCUGGUGUGUCUUCCCUAUUCAAAGAUGGAGCCGGUUGUGGUGCAUGUUUUCAGAUAAGAUGCAAGAACCCAACUCUAUGCACAAAAGCAGGUACAAGAGUGAUAUUGACUGAUCUUAAUGACAAUAAUCAAACUGACUUUGUCCUCAGCAGCAGAGCCUUCGCCGCCAUGGCUCAGAAGGGUAUGGGCCAACAAAUUUUGAAGCUUGGCAUUGUUGACAUUGAAUAUAAGAGGGUACCUUGUGAUUACAAAAAUCAGAAUUUGGCCGUCCGUGUAGAAGAAUCAAGCAAAAAACCAGAUUACUUAGCAAUCAAAUUUUUGUAUCAAGGGGGUCAAACUGAGAUAGUAGGUGUUGAUGUAGCUCAGGUUGGAUCUUCAAACUGGAGUUUCAUGAGCAGAAACCAUGGGGCUGUGUGGGACACAAGCAGGGUACCCCAAGGUGCAUUGCAAUUCCGGUUAGUGGUAACAGCAGGGUAUGAUGGUAAAUGGAUUUGGGCACAGAAGGUCCUACCUGCUGAUUGGAAAAGUGGGGUGGUAUAUGACUCUGGCGUUCAGAUAACAGACAUUGCACAAGAGGGUUGUUCCCAGUGCGAUGAUGGAACCUGGUCAUGAUUCAUGACCACGCCACUGCUCAAGUUCUGAAUAACCCACUUAUACAUAUAGACAUAUAGGCUUCAAUUUACUCAUACUAUGACUUUCAGAGUAACUCAUAAUACCGAGGAAUCAUUGAGUAUCUUACUAAAUUUGAAAUGCAUUCUCAUUUGUAACUACUCAACUGCGUUAUUAUAUAUAUUCUUUUUUUCUUUUUUCUUUUCGAUAAUUUUUUUUUUUAACUUAUUUCUGAAUUACGAAUGUUAUCUU